GUUUAGUUUCGCUUGGUGAACAGUAAACAUGGCGUACCGUGGCGUUAAGGGCUCUGAUCCAUUUGUAUCGAAAACAUCGAGAAAUGAAAGAUUCGCUCAAAUGUCGAAACAAGAACAAAUUAUUCAGCAAAAGAAACUUGAGAUACAAGCAAAACUUGAAGAACAAAAGGCGAGGCAAGCGAUAGAAAAUGCUAAAAAAUCAACAUCGUCUGCUUCUCUCGCGACUUCCAGUAAAACUAACACUUCAAUUAAGAAGGAGGAUGAGAAGCCAACAAUGUCUGCUACCGUUAAUUUAUUUGCCAACGAUGGCAGUUUUCUUGAUCAGUUCAAAAAGAUUGUGAACAAUAAAGGUCCAAUAAAACAAGAGACACCACAAAUAAAGACUGAGGAGAAGAAGGAGGAGAGAAAAGACGAGAAGGAGGAUAAAUCUUACGAUAAUUCACGAGACAGAGAACGUAGAUGGAGCAACGAAAAGAGUAGAGAUUGGGAAAAUCGAAGGGAUCGUCGAAGAAAUGAUUCCAGAUGGGGAAGAAAUACCGACAGACGACAAAGUUCUUCCUUAAGUCCAUCACCCACAAGACACCGUUCAUCUCCAAAUCCCGAAUCAAGACACAAUUAUCAUCAAUCUAGUCCCCGAUCCCACUAUCAGUACCAAUCACAAAAUUCAAAUUCAACUUCCAACAUUCCUCCUCUCAUGUCCCAGCCAAUAAUGCAAAUGACAAACAUCCCACCACCAAAUUUAAGGAACAUGCAACAAAACGUUCCACCUCCAAACAUGCAACGAAUGCCAGUACCACAAAAAAUGAACAAUAACUAUCCAAAUAUUGACAACGAUUCCAGAAUGUCUCUUCCUCCGCCAAGUCACAUUAUUCGCACACCCCAUCACCAAAUGCAAAAUCUACCACCCAAUACAAACAUACCACCUCCAAGAAUGCAAAUUCAAUCAAACGUUCAUGUGCCUAAUAUUCAAGGGAUGCCUUCAACAAACAACCAACAUAUUAUUUCCCCCCCUCAACAAUGCAAUAUUCCACCUCCAAAUAAUCUCCAACCACCAAAUAUCCCACCGCCAAACGUUCGUCCACCAAAUUUACUACCGUCAAUGUCCCAAAUGCCUCCGAAUAUGUUGCCCAUCAAUCCAACGCAAACGAUUGUCGUCACCGUGGCCAAUGUCACUAAUAUUCCACCACCAAACGUUAUGAUAAUGUCAGCACCACCACCCAAUGUCCAUACGGUGCCUUCGACUAUUAAUUCAAUUCCGCCACCGAAUUUAAAUGUACCUCCGCCUAAUGUACCUCCGCCUUCGAUCAUUCAAAGUGCACCACCUCCCACUCAUCUUCUACAAACUUCCUAUCCGUUGUCGAGUCAGGUUAAUCUCGCGAUUGGACCACCCAAUGUUCAGAUACCUCCACCUGUAAGGCCUUCUGUACCUGGACAACCUGCGGAACUAGUUUGUCCCGUAGAAGCGGAGCAGCUAGCAAAAAUUGUAGCUGAUUGCGGUGAUGAAAUAGAGCAAGAAGUUCGAGAGAAGAAUGCUCAAGAUCCUAAGCUAUGGUUUCUGCACCAAAAGCAAAGUGCAGCGUAUCUGCAGUACAGGGGAUUAGUGGCAAAAUAUCGAACUGAAAAAGAGUCCAAAUACUGCGGCGGUGGAGAUCUUUAUUGUCCAGAGGAAGCUCUCAGUGAUAAUGAGGAUGCUGAGAAGUCUCAUAGAAAUUCUUCUCUUCAAGAUCGAUACAAAGAGGAAAGCAAAGAAGAACGCAAAAGAAAAAGACGCAGUCGAUGGGGAGAUGCUGAAAAUAAAAUUCCAUUUACAAUGUCAGGACAAGUUGCACAAACUGGUUUUUCAGUAGCGGGGCAAAUUGGUCAAAAUUCGGGAUUAUUGUCGUCUGUAAAUUUAAUGCAAGCCAAAGGAAAAAAUCCAAUGUUGUCAAAAGUAUCGAGAAGUGAUCCAGCAUUGGUUCAAUAUGCCAGGCAAACUUUUGGUUCUUUGGAUCUCAGCGAGGAACAAUGGAAAAAAGCCGAGGACCAUUUUAAGAUUAAUCUUUUGUAUCAAAAUCUAUUGAAGAAACGUGAAGAAGUCAAACGAUUGGAAGCUCAAGGAAAGCAUAAAUACGAGUAUGACAGCGAUGAAGAAACAGAGGGUGGAACGUGGGAGCAUAAAAUCCGUUCCGCGGAAAUGGAAGCCACACAAAUGUGGGCUGAAGAAUUAACAGCUCAGUCCGAGGGAAAACAUCAUAUUGGUGAUUUUUUGCCACCUGAAGAAUUAAGAAAAUUUCUGGAACAAUAUAAUGCGGUUAAGCAGGGAAAGGAGCCCGAUCUUAGUGAUUAUAAAGAGUACAAGUUAAAAGAAGAUAAUAUAGGUUUUCAAAUGUUACAAAAACUCGGAUGGAGCGAAGGCCAAGGACUGGGAAGUGAAGGCAGUGGUCGUGUUGAUCCUGUAAAUAAAGCGACAAAUAGACUAAAUAGUGCCGGAUUGGGUACUGACAGACCAGACGGAUUAUCUCGAGAUGAUGAUGAAUUUGAUGCGUACCGAAAACGAAUGAUGUUGGCUUAUAGAUUUAGGCCCAAUCCACUCAAUAAUCCUAGGAGACCAUACUAUUGAAACUUACUACGAGAGCAUAAUCAGAACUCAUCAUCACAUAAUUUUCUAUUUAUGUGAAAGAAAACAAUCGUUAUUUUGUAUAUGUAUGGUGAAUAUAGUGUAAUAUGUUCACAUUGUUGAAAUAAGGAGAGAUAAAUCGUUAAAUAUAUUCAA